AUACCCCCUACAGCCGCCAUUUUGAAGGCGGCCCCUCACACCGCCCUAUCCCGCCGCUACCGGGGCGGAGCUCCGCGCGGUGCCGCCCCCGAUCCCGCUGCGGCCUGGCCGGGCAGAUGGAGGCGGCGGCCGGCGUUGUAGAGCCGGGAUGUAUCGGUCUGCACGAUUUCAGCGGGCAGCUGGGCGAGCAGCGGGUGCAUUUCCACGCCAUGCGGCUGCAGGACUCGUUGUUCCUCUGGGUGGGCGCCGCGCCCGCCCUGUCCAGCCUGGCCGUGGCCAUGUGCAGCCCUCGGGACAGCGUGCCCGUGUCCACAUCGCUGCUGGGAGACCCUUCCGACACCGCCUCUGCUUGCCUGGCCCAGCGCCUGGUUGCUGUUGUACUAGUGCUAAACACUGAAUCACCUUCCAUCUUCUGGACACUGGGAGGCUUUCACAAAGGGUUUUCUGUACAGCCCUGACAGCGACGUAGAGGGAAAAAGCACAGCUUGACUUCUGGAGCAAUAGGUAAGUCUGCCAGCUGCUACAAAUACAUCAUGUGUAUAAAUUGAACGCACUUGUUAGAGAAAUCAGAGCAGUCAAUACCAACACCACUACUAGGCAUUCUAUUGCUACAGCUCUAGACUUGCUUCUUGCUAGGAUAUCCUUUCAAAGGUAACCCCCCCCUGCUAUUUUGUUCAACAAAACAGGCAGCUAAAAAUUAACUGGGAAAUAAAAAAAAAACAAACAAACCCCAAAACACCACAGAGCCAAUGGUGUAAUGACUGUGGCUGUCAAUACGCACCGUGUUGUUGAGCAGUACCUGUUCUUCACAGCAGUUUCAGGAACACUGAGCAUAGCAACCUGGUGAGAAAUGGAGUAUUUGUCUUUUUUUAUUGCAAGCUGAGCCCUGACUCAAACUUCUGAUGCAAACAAAAACUCCCAAGUUCACCAGAGGUUGGUGUGUGAUGUUGGAUUACAGCCAGUCUCCAGUUGUCUGAAGGAGUUGGAAUGUCCAUGGCUGCAGACCUGCCAUCGGCAUCGUACAUUCCACAUGGGAGCACUGGGCACGUCCUUACCUGUUAGGCCACAGCCACCAACGCUUGGCUGCAGCUCAAGAUCAAAAAGCAGCUGUUGGAGGGGUUUUUAAUUUAUACAACCCAGGAAGCAGAGACAGCUGUUCUUCAGUGACUGAACACGAAGGGUAAUUAGUUGCAAAUCAAUGUGCAGAUUUAAUUAGCCCGAAUUGAAAUUGUUUCAUUCUGUUUAUAGAGGAGGGUUCACCCGAACUCACGGUGAGAGAGUCAGACCACGGUAGGCAAACCGAUGGGACGACAUCUUUUUAUUCUGUACAUUUACAUACAAAGUUUCUCAGUAGGUACAACGGAUGUAACAUCAUGCAGACAUUUAGCUUGUAAGACUGUUUUCAGUACUCGAUUUAAGCUUGUGCUAUGAGGAAGCACCACCAGACUAUUCAUGAUCAAAACAUACAGUUAACACAGUUCUUUAAAAUUUCAUCAGAAACCGCAAUGGGGAGGGAAGUCUCACCCACAGACAUAACACACUGUUACUCCUUUCCCAAAACAUUGUACACAAUACAUUUAAAAUGAGGUUUGUCAUUUGUCUUAAAAAAAAAAAAAAAAAAGUUACAGUGGGGGAGAUGAUCCCACACUUUAAAUAGUGUUGUCUUAUGUGCCAGCUACAGGCGCAACUUGACUUGACAUUCACAGAGUUCAUUUAAUGGCACUUCUGCUUCCAAUUUGGUGACCUUUAGUGUUUGGCUCCAGGAAGUGGCAACAGUUAAGCAAAAUAAUUCCAUUAAAAAUAAUAAUAAUGAUUAAAAAAAAAAAAAAAAAGCCCAACAACCAUACAACAAACGUGCUCACCAAAACUGCAGGGUAAAUCAGACAGAACCCUCUCACAGGUGCCAGAAAACACCUCCAAACAGAUGACAGCUUUCUCCAUGCUGUCUGCAUCUGUCUGUAGUAUGUCGGGCAACACAAGCAUUAUGGAAUCCUUAAAAGGAAAGACAACUGAGAUCAGGCAUAACAACACUUUCACAUUUUUCUUUAAAAUGAGAAAGAAAGAAAAAAGCCCUUGACUGGUAAGCCAAAAGAAAAGAAAAAUCCACGGACGGGCUGAGAGGUUACCAAAGGCUCACAGAAAAAGGCUGACGUGGACAGGACAACUCUGAGCGCUUCUUGCACUGUGAUGGCCAGAAAUGGCCAUUGUAGAAGAGCAAAUCCUGGCUGUGGCUGCAGAGGAGCAGAUGGAGGAGCCGAUGGCUGAGCAAUGAGGCACUGAGUGUCUGCCUGUGGCACCCGACUGCUCCUCCAAGCUCUCCCACACCAGAGAAGCUUAAGAAAAGCUUUCCAGCUAUGUGAGCAUGGGGAGAAGGAAACAAAAACAGAAGAAAACAAACAUAAUUGUUCAUCUUUUAAGAAGGUGCAAAAUGAGCUACUGAUUUUGUGUUUUACUAUCACGAUGGAGGCGGAGGGCCAAACCGGCCUGAGAAGUUGUGACUCUCCACACUGCAGAUCAGUACCAAGUACCUGUUUACAGGCAAACAAACAAAAAAAAGCCUGCAGUAAUUAA